AUGGACUACCUACAAAUAAAAGACGGCCAGUACACCAAAACUAUUUACACAAUGAUAAAGGAAGCAAAGUACGAAGAUGCCAUUAAGGCACUUAAUGACGCUAUCAAUUUUAAUCCAAAUAGAGCUGGACUGUCGUUAUUGGGAUAUUGUUACUUCAGAACUCAAUCCUUCGUUGAAGCUGCCAACUGCUACGAACAAUUAACAGCCAUGCACCCUGAUAUUCCUGAGUACAAAAUUUAUUUUGCCCAAGCCCUCUACGAAGCUUCAAUGUUUGAGGAGUCAUACAAAGUUACCAUACAAAUCAAUUCUCCAGAAUUGGAAAGGAAAGUAAUAAAGUUACAAUCAGCCAUUAAAUACGGUGAAGAUGAUACAUUGACUGCAAAAGGACUUGUUGAUGAAUAUCCUCCAGAUGAUCUGGACAAAGAUAUAAACCUUGGUUGUUUGUUAUAUAAGGACAACCAAUACGAAGACGCUUUGCAAAAGUUUUCUAGAAGCUUAAACGUUUUGGGGUUUAAUGCUCACCUGCACUAUAAUAUAGCUCUAUGCUACUUCAAGCUCAAAGAAUACCCACAAGCACUGAAACAUAUUACACUGGUUAUUGAAAGAGGCAUACGAGAUCAUCCAGAGUUGGCAGUGGGUAUGCAAGCGGAAACAUCUGAAGUAAAAUCAGUCGGAAACACUUUAACACUUCAUGAAACAGCACUCACUGAAGUUUUCAAUCUUAAAGCUGCCAUAGAGUAUCAACUAAAAAACAUUGAAGCUGCAAGAGAAGCUCUAAGUGAUAUGCCACCAAGACAAGAACACGAGUUAGAUGCAAUAACCUUACACAACUUGGCUCUUACGUCUAUCGAUAUCAAACCAACAGACGGUUUUGAGAAACUUCAUUUUCUACUCCAACAGGACCCAUUCCCGCCAGAAACGUUUGCUAACCUUUUGCUGUUAUAUUGCAAAUUUGAGUACUACGAUUUAGCAGCCGACGUGUUGGCUGAGAAUGCUCAAUUCACAUACAAAUAUCUUACUCCAUAUUUGUACGAUUUUCUGGACGCUAUAAUUACAAGCCAAACAUCUCCCGAGGAAGCAUUUCAAAAAUAUGAAGAUAUUGCAUCAAAACAUGCUGAACAACUAAGAAAACUUACUAAAGUUGUCCAAGAAAGUCGUUCUCAAGGAGAUAAUGACCAAGUCAAGAAAGCUGUGGUGGAAUACGAAGAGGCUUUAGAAAGAUAUAUCCCAGUGGUUAUGGCACAAGCCAAAAUUUAUUGGGAUCAAGAAAACUAUGGACAAGUCGAAAAGAUAUUUCGUAAAUCGGUUGAGUUUUGUAACGAAUCCGACGUGUGGCGUCUUAAUGUAGCUCACGUAUUAUUCAUGCAAGAAAAUAAGUAUAAGGAAGCUGCUAGCUUCUAUGAACCUAUUGUUAAGAAACAAUACGAUAACAUUUUAGAUGUAAGCGCUGUCGUGCUCGCGAACCUGUGUGUGUCUUACAUAAUGACGUCUCAAAAUGAAGAAGCGGAGGAUAUUAUGAGAAAAAUAGAAAAAGAAGAAGAACAGCAAAUCUUUGAAGAUCCACAAAAGAAGUUUUAUCAUCUAUGUAUCGUAAAUCUGGUUAUCGGCACCCUUUAUUGCGCAAAAGGAAACUAUGAGUUUGGCAUUUCUCGAGUGAUUAAGUCACUUGAACCAUUUAACAAGCGUCUCGGCACUGACACGUGGUUUUACGCAAAGCGGUGUUUCAUAUCUUUUCUCGAGCACCUAGCAAAGCACUUAAUAGUCGUAAAAGAUAAUAUCAUAAAAGAUUGCUGGCAGUUCUUGGAAGGAUGCGAGACGUACGGCAGACGAGUAAGCACUGUUAUCGAGAGUCCUUUUCAAGAAGAAGACGUAAAUACAAAAGCUAAACAAACAGUUACAUACGAAGCCCGGUUAUUGCGUUACAUGUUUUAUAAGCUUAGAAAUAUCGAUGAUUCUGUCACUAUUAAUAAGUAUGAAGAUUUGAAAUAA